GUACAGAGGGCUCUGGCAUUUUAGAGAGAAAAUGUCAUCGGCAGCAUCAAUGGAGUCUCUGAUUCUGCAACUACACAAGAUCUCGGCCGUGAAAUUCGGCAGCUUCAAGCUGAAAUCAGGCAUAACCUCUCCAAUCUACAUCGACCUCCGUCUCAUCGUCUCCUACCCCACCCUUCUCAGCCAAAUCUCCCAAACCCUAAUCGCCUCCCUCCCCUCCGCCACCUCCUACGACGUCGUCUGCGGCGUCCCCUACACAGCCCUCCCCAUCGCCACCUGCAUCUCCACCGCCAACGCCGUCCCCAUGCUCAUGCGCCGCAAGGAGAUCAAGGACUACGGCACCGCCAAGGCCAUCGAGGGCGCCUUCAAGGAGAACCAAAUCUGUCUCAUCAUCGAGGACCUCGUCACCAGCGGCGCCUCCGUGCUCGAGACGGCGGCGCCGCUGCGUGCGGCGGGGCUGAAGGUGACAGACGCGGUGGUGAUGAUUGACCGGGAGCAAGGGGGGAGGGAGAAUUUGGCGCAGAAUGGGAUCACGCUGCACUCGAUCGUGAAGCUGACUGAGAUGGUGAGGAUUUUGAAGGAGAAGGGGAGGGUUUCGGAGGAGACGGAGGGGAUGGUGUUGAAGUUCCUGGAGGAUAAUCGGAAGGUUGCGGUACCGGCACCGGCGGCGGCGGACCCUAGGGUUAAGGUUCCUUAUGGGGAUAGAGCGAAGAUGGCCAAGAAUCCGACUAGUAAGAGGUUGUUUGAGGUGAUGGUGAAGAAGGAGAGUAAUCUUUGCUUGGCUGCCGAUGUUGCCACUGCUGCUGAGUUGCUUGACAUUGCUGACAAGGUUGGACAGGAGAUCUGCAUGUUGAAAACCCAUGUUGAUAUAUUGCCUGAUUUUACCCCAGAUUUUGGUUCUAAACUUCGUGAGAGAGGCGGUGGCGAAGGUGGCAAAGAAGAAAGAAACGAGGUUUGUGAUAUAUGUGAAGGGGCGGGAGUCACUAGGGCUGAGAAAUGUGAUCAGAAAAAUGAUUCAUUGAUGGCCAUUGAAGUAGGUGAGGAGUGCUGUUGCAAUUUCAAGAUAACUGACAUGGUGCUCCCUCUUAAUUAUUCAACUCAAGAGAAUGCUAGGGAUGAGGAUGACGAGACAAAAUACCAAGGCGGAAGAGAGGGAGAGACACAUUUUACAAGAUAUGAUGCAACCGAUGGAGCACGCCAUGUCGACAGAAAAAGUUUGACACAAAAAUGUGGAUUUACAUUUUUAUGUUGA